GGCCCACCGGACAGAGACGCCCCCCUCUCUCGGACUCUUUCCCCUUCUUCCUCCGCGGCAUCGGGAGGGAGAGAGGCGAAGCGGAUAAGGCUCGCUCCAGAACCCCCCAUGGCGGCCUUCAACCCCGCCGCGGCGCUGACGUCGCCGGCUCCGUGCCGGCCCUCCGCCCUCGCCGUGCGUCUGCCGGCGGCUCGGUCUCUGCCGCUCCGCUGCUCGCCGCUAGCCCUGGGCCUCAGGCGUCGGACCGGGCAUUCUCGGCGGGGUUCAGCCGCGCUCCGGGUGGAAGCUAAGAAGCAAACAUUCUCUUCAUUUGAUGAGUUGCUGGAGAAGUCUGAGAAGCCUUUACUAGUUGACUUCUAUGCAACUUGGUGUGGCCCAUGCCAAUACAUGGUUCCCAUACUUCAAGAAGUGAGUGAAAAGUUAAGCGAGAAGGUUCAAGUUGUGAAAAUUGAUACUGAGAAGUACGCAGCCAUUGCAAGUCGUUACAGAAUUGAAGCAUUGCCAACUUUUAUCAUCUUCAAGAACAGGAAACCUUGCUAUCGUUUUGAGGGAGCGUUGCCUGCUAACCAGAUGAUUGAACAAAUUGAGAAUGCUUUGGCUGUCUCAGAGUAGCACACAUGACUUGAGCGGUUGAGCCUUACUAUUUGAAAGCUUAGGGAGGAUGAAUUAUUCUUUUGCCCCCGCUGUAUCUCUCCCUCGCAGUGCUUGUGAUUGUGGAUUCUAGCAUCUCUCUUCCUUAGAAUAUUAGCUUGUGUAGCGAAUAAACAGAUGCUAUAAAUAUCCGUUCAGAUUUAUCUUCUCCAUUCAUGGAACCUCAAAAAUGUCUGGUCUUUUCUGAACCAAAAGUAUUAGUAGUGGUGCUCUGUUUAGCGUUGGAGUUUUUUUUAUGGAUCAUGUACAUGAGACUUAGUAAAUCCAAACUUGUGUUGUAUAAAUAAAUGCGAUUGGCUGA